AGGCUUGCAUAGGUUCACUUUAAUAUGAGCGGACGCAAGUGCAUCUCCGACGAUCGCACUUCGGUAGAACACGAGAAGAGGGGAGCGGCGAAGGCAAAGGGGCGGUGAUUGUUCAAGAAUGGGGAAGAAGACGAAGAAGCCCGGCAAGGGGAAGGAGAAGACGGAGCGGAAGACGGCCAAGGCCGAGGAGAAGAGGGUGCGCAGGGAGAGCAAGAAGAACGUCUCCCAGGAGGACGACAUCGACGCCAUCCUCAAAAACAUACAGAAGGAGGAGGCGAAGAAGAAGGAAGUCCACGUCGAGGAGAACGUCCCCGCCCCUUCUCCCCGGUCCGGUUGUUCGCUGAUCAUUAAUCCAUUGAAAGACACCGAGUUGAUUUUGUAUGGGGGAGAGUUUUACAAUGGCAACAAGACUUUUGUUUAUGGUGAUCUUUAUCGAUAUGAUGUAGAAAAAAAUGAAUGGAAGUUGAUAUCAAGUCCCAAUAGUCCACCUCCUCGUAGUGCUCAUCAAGCUGUUGCAUGGAAAGACCAUAUUUAUAUAUUUGGUGGCGAAUUUACGUCUCCAAACCAGGAACGUUUUCAUCAUUAUAAGGACUUUUGGAUGUUGGAUUUGAAGACAAAUCAAUGGGAGCAACUACUUUUAAAAGGAUGUCUGAGUGCCCGCUCAGGCCAUCGCAUGGUGUUGUACAAGCACAAAAUUAUUGUUUUUGGUGGCUUUUAUGACACUCUCAGGGAAGUAAGGUACUACAAUGAUUUGCAUGUUUUUGAUCUGGAUCAGUUCAAGUGGCAAGAAAUAAAACCUCGACCUGGAUGCAUGUGGCCUAGUGCACGUAGUGGAUUUCAGCUUUUUGUUUUUCAAGAUGAAAUAUUCUUAUAUGGUGGCUAUUCUAAAGAAGUUGUAUCUGACAAACAUGGCUCAGAGAAAGGAAUUGUCCAUUCUGACAUAUGGUCACUUGAUCCUCGAACAUGGGAAUGGAACAAGGUUAAGAAGAGCGGGAUGCCUCCUGGGCCUCGUGCUGGCUUUUCCAUGUCUGUUCACAAGAGGAGGGCUGUUCUUUUUGGAGGUGUUGUGGACAUGGAAACUGAAGGUGACCUACUGAUGAGCUUGUUUAUGAAUGAACUAUAUGGCUUCCAACUUGACAGUCACCGAUGGUAUCCUUUGGAACUAAGGAAGGAUAAGUCUACAAAAGAUAAGUUUAAAGGAAGCAAAGGAAAUGAAUUAAGAAAGGAUUUCAAUCUUUCAAAGGAAACACAAGAUGAUCCAGAGAUAUCUGAAGAUUAUGAUGGGAAUGAGAAUAUGGAAAGUUACGAGGAAGCAACUGAUGUGGGAGAUGGUGUUAAUGAAGUUUCUAAUCAGAUGGGAAAAAGUCUCUCCCUUGGGACAGUUACCUCAAAAAGGGUGCCUGAUGUGAAAGUACAAGGACUAGGUGGCAAUUCUGCAUCACAAGCAUGCACUUCGUCAGAGGCAGUAAGGCCUUGCGGACGUAUUAAUUCUUGCAUGGUUGUUGGGAAAGAUACUCUCUACUUGUAUGGUGGAAUGAUGGAAGUUAAAGAUCGUGAAAUUACGCUUGAUGAUCUGUACUCACUCAACCUCAGCAAAUUAGACGAGUGGAAGUGCAUCAUACCGGCAUCAGAAUCAGAGUGGUUAGAAGUAUCUGAUGAUGAUGAUGAAGAUAUUGAUGAUGGCACUGAAGAAAGCAGUAGUGAUGACAGUGAUGAGACAGAUGAUGACGAUGACGAUGAAGAUGAUGGCAAUUUGGGUUCCUCAGGUGAAGGUAAUAUGAUUUUGGAUAUGGGAAGUGCUGUUUCUGUCUUAAAAGGUGAAGGUAAGAAGUUGCGCAGAAAAGAGAAACGGACCAGGAUAGAGCAGAUAAGAAUAAGCCUUGGACUUUCAGAUUCCCAGAGGACUCCAAUGCCUGGAGAAUCUCUGAGGGAUUUUUAUAGAAGAACUUGUAUGUAUUGGCAAAUGGCUGCACAUGAGCACACUCAACACACCGGAAAGGAGCUCCGUAAAGAUGGCUUUGAUCUUGCUGAUGCUCGGUUUAAGGAGCUCAAACCCAUACUUGAUGAGUUGGCCAUACUGGAGGCAGAACAGAAGGCUGAAGAGGAAGAGGCUGAAAGUAGUUCAAGAAAGAGGGGUGAUAAAAAUAACAAGCUGAAAGCUUCUCAGAAGUAGGCAUCAGUCAGUUACAAAGUAUGGUCUUUCUUUUGUAGCUUUGUGACAUAAGAAUAUUCAUUUUGGCAUCAAUCAGUUGCAUUUUUCUUCAUAUAUUUAUCCUCCUCGUUGCGGUGCCCAGAUUUGGACACUUGUUUCUUUUGUAGCUUUGUGAUAUAAGAAUUAUUCAUUUUGGCAUCAAUCAAUUGCAUUUUUUUUCAUA